AUGGCUUCCAUAUCGUUGCUCCUCGUUGCUCUACCACUGGCAAAAGCUCAGCAGAUCUAUAUCCCUGCCGAAGGUCCUACAGCUAGGCCACAAUGCACAGCUACCAAUGCUUCAACACCAGUUUAUUCUCACACAUCCUUCAGCUACACUUUGAGCGAGACCGUUCGAUAUGCCACAUCCGUACCUGCGCCGACGGCAAGUACUACUUAUGCAUCAUCGCCAGCAUCACUAACGACUCUUGUCCCAUCUCUCUCUUACACAACAUGGGGCAACUGGAAUCCCAAUGGUACAAGCACUGCGAACGACACCAGUGAUCCAUAUGGCGAAGCUGCUUGGACGGCAUUAUGGGUGACCGCCAAUCCACCGAACUUCACAGAGACCAGUCUCUUCAGCACCACUGUCUCACCUACAGCGAUUCCGACGAGCGAGCUGGUGCUUCCACCACGUGACUACUUUGGGCCUUCAGAUUGCUACAACUUCCCGGAAGGGUUUGCUCUUGGCGUGGCAAGCUCAGCUUCCCAGAUCGAAGGAGCCACAGCUCAAGAGGGCAAGUCGCCAUCACUGAUGGAUAUACUGGUCCAGGAUGAUCGACCUAAGGACUAUGUCACGAAUGAGAACUACUAUUACUAUAAGCAGGACAUUGAACGGGUGGCUGCUAUGGGUGUCAAGUACUUCUCCUUCAGCAUCGCCUGGACUCGUAUUCUGCCAUUCGCAUUACCAGGAACGCCUGUCAACCAAGCUGGAAUUGAUCACUACAACGACGUCAUCAAUUUCAUUCUAGAGAAGGGCAUGGUGCCCGAAGUGACUCUGUUGCACUUCGACACACCACUGCAGUUCUAUGGAGACAAUCAGAGCACUGCUGCAGAUCCGCCAGAGAUUGGCUACGUCAAUGGAGCCUACCAAAAUGAGUCCUUCCCGGAUGCCUUUGUCAACUAUGCGAAGGUGGCAAUGACUCACUUCGCCGACAGGGUGCCAGUCUGGUACACCUUCAACGAGCCUCUACUUUACUCGUACAACGGCAUAUCGAUUGACCACGUCAUCAAGUCCCAUGCUCGAGUCUACCACUUCUACAAGGAGGAGCUGAACGGAACAGGCAAGAUCGCCAUGAAGUUCAACAAUAAUUUCGGCGUUCCUCGCGACCCGUCGUCCGACGCCGACGUCUACGCGGCCAAUCACUUCAAUAGCUUCCAGCUCGGUCCGUUCUUGAACCCAACAGCUCUUGGCAUUGACUAUCCAGACUCGUACAAACAGACUAUCAGUGACUACGUGCCACUCAACGAGACCGACCUGGCCUACCUGAACGGAACAAUCGACUUCAUUGGCGUCGAUCCGUACACCGCGACUGUAGUCGCCCCACCCACUCCUGGCUCUAUCAACAGCAUCCUCGACUGCGCUAGUAACAGCAGCAAUACGUUCCGUCCAUACUGCGUCAACCAGACCACUGUCAAUAUCUACGGCUGGGACAUCGGCUAUCGCUCGCAUUCCUACGUCUACAUCACCCCAACCUACCUCCGCAGCUACCUCAACUACCUCUACAACACAUGGUACCACCCAAUCGUGAUCACGGAAUUUGGUUUUCCCGUCUAUUCCGAGGCGACAAAGGACCUACCCGAUCAACUCUUCGACACGCCGCGGUCGCUAUACUACCUGAGCUUCAUGAGCGAAUGCUCAAGUCGAUCUGGGAAGACGUUUGGUGACUAUGAUGCGCAUUUCGGCGUGCAGACGGUGAACCGCACGACGCAGGAGAGGAGGUACAAGAAGAGCUUCUUUGACUUUGUGGAUUUUAUGAAGGCGAGAGGCGUAGAGUAG